AUGGCUAGUUCCGAAGAUGAUGAGGAUGCCAUAGUAGUUGUCGCAGCAGCUACAACAUCAUUGAUAGGAUGUUAUUAUCAAUACUUUGUGGAGAAGACUGUGUGUCAUGAUUCAAUCCUUAGUGGCUCAGCUCAUGUAGAUGAAAUUCUAGAUGGACAUGAUGCGCGAUGUCAAAACAGUUUUCGAAUGGAAAAGCAUGUCUUCUUGUUAUUAUGUGAAUUGUUACAAAAAAAACAGUUGCUUCGACACAGCAAGGGAGUUAGAGUUGAGGAGAAGGUGGCAAUAUUUAUGCUUGCCAUUGGUCACAAUGAACGUAAUAUAAUACUCCAGGAACGUUUUCAGCAUUCAGGUGAGACAAUCAGUCGACAUUUCAACGCUGUCCUGGAUGUUAUUGUUCAACUUGCAGAUGAUUUUUUACAACCAGCGGGGCCUAGUACCCCUGAUGAGAUAAGAGAAAAUCCGAGAUUUUAUCCUUAUUUUAAGAACUGCAUCGGAGCAAUAGACGGAACUCACAUGCCGGCAAUGGUUAGUGAGGAUGAACAACCUAUUUAUCGGAAAAGAAAAGGAUUUAUUUCUCAGAACGUUUUAGUAGCAUGCUCAUUCGAUUUGCAAUUUCAGUAUGUUCUUGCGGGUUGGGAAGGUUCUGCUCAUGACGGGCGUAUAUUGGAUUCAUCUUUAACAAGAUCCGAUAAACUAAUAGUACCAGAAGGAAAAUAUUAUCUUGGAGAUGCAGGAUUCUCCCUUACGCCAAGUUUUAUUACUCCAUAUCGCGGCGUUCGUUAUCACUUGAAGGAGUAUGGGGGAAAUCGUCCAAAAGAUGCCAAAGAAUUAUUUAAUCUUCGACACUCAUCAUUACGGAAUGUAAUUGAACGUGUUAUUGGAAUACUGAAAAGGAGAUUCACUAUUUUGCAAGUACAACCUCAAUAUCCGUAUGAAUCACAAGUGAAAAUUGUGCUAGCCUGUUGCAUCAUCCAUAACCACAUUCGUAGGGAAUGUAUAAAUGAUUUGUUUCUUGAUGAUGGAGGUGUUGUACCGGUGCAAGAAACCGAACCUGAGGUACCGGAAGACAAUAAUGAAGGUGUUAGACUCGGGAGAAAUAGAGAGCAAGAUUUAGCUUCAGAACUUCGUACUUCAAUUGCAGACGCGAUGUGGAAUAAUUAUCAACAUUGUCGCCGUACCAUCUAG